CCUCCCUCCCUCCCUCCCUCUCUCGCUCCUCUCCCUCUCUCCCUCCAGCGGGACCCUGACUAUCUCAAGCUGUGGCUGGAGAUCUUCAUCGGCUCCUACGAGCGAUGUCUGGACGUGGACUUCGAGAAGCCGCCUUCCAGGCCGGACGAGGUGCCCCCGGUGCUGUCCCUGCUCCCGGACAACAUCCUGCAGGUGCUGCGGCACCAGCUGCUGCAGUGCGUCCAGAAGGCCUCGGAGGGCCUGGAGCCCCAGCAGCUGGCCCUGGCCCUGCUGCUGCUCAAGUUCCUCAUCGUGGUCUGCAGAAACCUGUCAAACGUGGAGGAGAUCGGCACCUGCUCCUACAUCAACCAUGUGAUCAACAUGACCACGCUGUACAUCCAGCAGCUGAAAAGCAAGACCAAGGAGAAGGAGAUGGCCGACCAGACGCAGGCCGAGGAGUUUGUCCGUCACGCGCUGGCCUUCUGCGAGAGCCUCUACGACCCCUACCGCAACUGGAGGCACCGGGCGUGCGGGGAGCGGGUGGGCACUGCAGAGAGAAGCAGACAGAAGUUCAAAGCCGCUCCCCUCACAGUGGAGUUCGUCCCCUUCUUCUACCAGUGCUUCCAGGAGAGUGAGCACCUGAAGGACAGUCUGAAAUGCUGCCUGCUCCACCUGUUUGGAGCCAUUGUGGCCGGCGAGCAGAGGAACGCCCUUCUGGCCAUCUCCCCGGCCACCAUGGAGGUGCUGAUGGCCGUGCUGGCCAACAGCGCCACCGGUAGCCACGGCGACCCGGACGGCGACCCUGACUGGGACGGGGAGGCGCCGGGCCGCCGCGCCCUGCUGACGCUGGGCUGCCUGCGCGAGGUGGUCCACCGGCUGCUGGCCUCCAGCUCGGACCAGCGGCCCGUGGAGAUCGCCUCGGUGCUCGACCUCUACUUCAAGCUGCUCAACUCGGACCCGGCCGCCGCGGCGACGCAGCAUCAGCACCAGCACCAGCAUCAGCAUCAGGGGCCGGGGCCGGGGCCCGACCAGACGCAGGCCAAGGCCCGGCCCGCGCCGCUCGGCCGCCACUGGGAGAAGCGCUUUGUGGCGCUGCAAGUGCACAUGCUAGACACCAUCAGGGACAUGUUCCUGUGCUCGGACAGGCCAGUGCUUCAGGCCAUCUUCCUCAACAGCAACUGCUUCGAGCACCUCACGCGGCUACUGCAGAACAGCAAGCUGAUUAACGCCAGGUGCGCUGCGGCAGACAAGGACCAGAAAGAUAUAGCCAACAACAGGUUACUGACAGGAACGCGAGAGGACAGUGAGCCUCAGGUGUUCCAGGGCCGACUGGAUUCGCUGGCCGUGGCGACCAUCAAAGCCCUGACCACGGUGAUGCACAAGUCUCCGGCUGCCAAGGAAGUGUUCAAGGAGCGGAUCGGCUACAACCACCUGUACGAGGUGCUGGUGUCCCUGGGCCAGCCGUCCCGGCACCUCCUGAAGGAGCUCAUGAACAUGGCGGUGGAGGGUGAGCACAGCUCGGUGGGCCUGCUGGGCAUCAGCAACGUGGAGCCCCUGCUGCUGCUGGCCCAGUGGCUGCCGGAGCUGGACUCCCCCGAGCUGCAGCUCUUCACGGCCGACUGGCUGCGCCGCCUCUGCUGCCUCGACCGCCGGACGCGCGCCGUGUGCGUCAACGCCGCCAUGCCGCUGCGCCUGCUCGCCACGCUGGAGCGGCCCGGGCGGCUGCACCGCGCCUCCGCCGAGAGCCUCCUGGCGCUGCUGGGGGCGCUGGGCGCGCAGUCGCUGGGCGCCGCGGAGCUGCGCGCCUUCCUGCGGCUGCUGCGGGCCCCGGAGGCGGGCGGCGGCGGCGGCGGGGGCGGGGCCCACCCCUACGUGGGCGCCGGGCUGCGGGCGCUGCUGGCCAUGGUGCGGCGGCCGGGGCUGGAGUGCGCCAUGCAGUACUUUGACCUGUCGCCCGGCAUGGCGGGCGUGGUGGUGCCCACGGUGGCGCGCUGGCCCGGUGCGGCCUUCAGCUUCCUGGCGUGGCUGUCGCUGGACCAGGAGCAGCUGGACACGCCGGGGAAGGGCGACAAGAGGAAGCAGCUGUACAGCUUCUUCACCCCGGGCGGGACGGGCUUCGAGGCCUUCAUCAGCUGGGCCGGGCUCCUGGUGGUGGCAGUGUGCACCAAGAAGGAGUACGCCACGGUCAUGCUCCCCGACUACUGCUUCUGCGACUCCCUCUGGCACAGCGUGGGCGUGGUCCACGUCCCGGGGAAGAGGCCCUUCGGCCAGAGCCUGGUCUACAUCUACGUGGACGGGCAGCAGAAGCUGUCGGCCCCCCUCAAGUACCCCGUCAUGACCGAGCCCUUCACCUCCUGCUGCAUCGGCUCGGCGGGCCACCGCACCACCACGCCCCCGCCCUCCCAGAUCCCCGACCCGCCCUUCCUGACCCCCACCACCCCCUCGGGGCGGACCUCCCUGGGGGGCAUCCUGUCGUCGGCGGGCGGGGCCUGGGGCGGGCUGCUGGGCGGCGGCGGCGGCGGCGGCGGCGGCGGCGGCUCGGUCACCAAGCUGAUCUCGGCGGGCACCCAGGACAGCGAGUGGGGCAGCCCCACCUCGCUGCAGGGCCAGCUGGGCGGGGUGAUGGUGUUCCACGAGGCCCUGCAGCCCGCGCACGUCAAGGCCGUGUGCAGCGCAGGUCCCAACUGCAUCUCCCCCUUCAAAACUCAGGAGGCGGAGCUUGGCGACCUGUCGACCAAACUGCUGCUUCACUAUUCGCCCAAGGCGUGUAGGAACCCCAUCUGUCUGGAUCUGUCCCCCAACCUGCUCCACGGACGCCUGACCGGCAACAAGGUGGUGAACUGGGACAUCAAGGACAUGAUCAACUGCGUGGGGGGCGUCCACGUGCUCUUCCCCAUCCUGGAGCAGCUGGCCCUGGUGGCGCCCGAGCAGCCCAGCGGAGAGGCCCCCCCGGGGCCCGAGCACAUCAGCCCGGACGUGACCCCGCCGGGCGACGGCGACUGGGUCAUCCUGCCCACCAACCGGGCCUCGGAGGCCCGUCUGGAGAAGAACCUGGUGGCGUCCUUCCUGCUGGUGCUGAAGCACUUCCUGCAGAGACACCCCAUCAACCAGGAGAGCCUGCUGCACGCCCACGGGGUGGCCUCGCUGGGCACGCUGCUGCAGAAGUUGCCGGCGGGCAGCGUGGACGUGAGCGUGCUGGUGGCGGUGCAGCUGCUGGUGGAGCAGGUGACCUACGAGAAGAACCCGGCGCUGCUGCAGCAGCUCCACACCCACCUGCUCUUCAACUGCAGCACCUGGAGCCAGGGGGACUUCCCCACCCGCAUCGGUCACAUCCAGUACAUGUCCACCAUCGUCAAGGACAACAGGAAGCAGUUCCGCAAAAGAUUCGGCGUCCAGUUUCUGCUGGACACCAUCAGAAUGUUCUACGGGAGGAGCUCUUGCCGGGAGAGCGACAUGAGCGAGGAGGACGUGGGCACGGUGCGCGUCUCUCUCUGCGGCCUGCUCAAGUACUACAUCAGCAAGGGCAUGUCCCAGGACGAGAUGCACAGCAUUCUGGGAUACAUCGCCGCCAUCGGGGACGAGGAACAGCUGUGCUCUCUGCUGGAGCUGCUGAUCGGUCUGCUCCAGACCAGCCCGGCCCGGGACCAGCUGGUGCUGCUGCUGUUCGAGGCCGGGGCGGCCGACUCCUGCUACGCCCUGCUGCUCAACACCAAGUACUCGGACCGCCUCCGGGAGCUGGUCUUCAAGCUGUUUGAGCGCAUGCUGCGCUGCGACCGCGUGUACGAGCGCAGCAAGCAGCGUCUGCGUCUGCGCGAGGCGGGCUACUCCGGCCUGUCGCUGCUCUUCCCCGACGCAAACCUCAACCCCAGCUUGGCGCGCUGCCUGCUCACCCAGGUGCUCCACACAGAUAAUGUGGUGAACUAUAAGGACCUGAUGGCUCUGCUGCAGCUGACCCACCGGGCCAAACCCAGUGUACGACUCAUCGUGUGCAAGAGGGUGCACCAGCUGCUGCAGACGCAGCCCGACGCGGCGCAGCAGAUCGCCCGGCAGCAGUGCUGGCAGGACACCCUGAUGAGGCUCUUCCUGCGGUCGGGCGGCGGCGGCGGCGGCGGCGGCGGACCCGACGCCAUCAGCAACUGCAGCCUGGACCUGGGCCGGUCGGGCGGGGGGGCCGCGCGCCUGGACCUGCCCCUGGAGCGGAGGGGCCGCGCGGGGAGCCGGGACCGCCACGGCGGCGGCGGCGGCGAGGAGGACCGGCUGAGCAUGGGCGACGGGCGCUCGCUGGACAGCCUGGAGAACGGCGGCGGCGGCGGCGACGCGGUCUCGCUUCUGGACACGCCCUCCUCGGCCGCCGCCACGCCCCGGCCCUCCUGGGGCUCGUCGGGGGGCCGGGGCCCCGGGGGCCUCACCCUGGACCUGUCCCACGUCCAGGGCUACGAGGGCGGGGAGAGCGGCGGCAGCACGCCGUCGCCCCUGGACGGCGCCGCCAGGGCCUUCGCGCCGGGGGCCGGCGGGGAGCGGGACGCCACGCCGUCGCUCGGCGACGACAGCUUCCUGUUCAGCGACACCGCCUCGCUGGGGGAGUCCUUCAACGGCACGGAGCGUGUGGACGAGGAGCUGUGCGGCAUGCUGCUGGACACGGUGCUGUGUGUGAUGUGGCGCGGCGUGGAGGGCUCGGACGAGGGGGCGUGGCUGGAGCGCGGCCAGGUGUUCUCCGCCCUCACCAAGCUGGGCACGGCCAAUGAGCUGCUGAUGCCCGUCGACCACAUCAAGCUCCGGUUAGAGGAACACGCGCACGCACACAAAGACAUGCACACAUGCACACAUGGGCAUAGACUCAUGCACACACAUGUACGCGCCGUGGACACAUGCACACAAACGCACAUGCAGACGUGCACAUAGGCAAGGCAAGGCAACUUUAUUUAUAUAGCACUUUUCAUACACAAGGCAGACUCAAAGUGCUUCACAUAUAAACAUUGUCAUACAAUUAAAUAAAAUAAUAGAUAAGUAAAAGAAAACAUAUGCAAAGAAAUGGGUAAAAUAGAAAGUUAAAAAGGCAUUUUAGUAUUAAAAUAGAAAAUAAAGGCAAAGUUAAAAAACAGCUUUUUAGAAAGUGCAAUGUAUUUAAGAUUUAGCAGAAAGCUAAAGCAAACAUAAAAGUCUUCAGUCUUGUUUUAAAGGUGCUCAGAGUUGGGGCAAGUCUUAAAUCCUCUGGGAGUUUAUUCCAGCUAUUUGUUGCAUAGUAAC